AUGAAGUUUUCUACCCAAACUUUGAUUGCAAUUGCUUCGGUUCUUGCUAGAUCCUCUUUUGCUGCUCCAUUGGCCGAUGCCAAAGCUGUCGCUGUCGCUGAUGCUGAGGAUGAUGGAUGUACUACCACCCAGAGAACCUACCACAGACACCAUCAGCACAAAAGAGCUGUCGCUUACGACUAUGUCUAUGUGACUGUUACUGUCGAUGGAGACGGUCAAACAAUGACACCAACUGUUGAAGUUGUUGAGACCUCCGAGGUUGCUAGUUCUGAAGAUGUUGCUGCUGCCACUACCGCUGAUGCUUCGUCAUCUGAGUCAACUUCCUCUGCCUCCACAUCUUCUUCGAACUCCGAUUCGUCCUCUGAUUCAUCAAGUUCUUCUUCCACUGGUAUCACUGGUGAUUUGAGUGACUUUGUUGAUCCAACCGAAGAGUUCGAAGAUGGUACUGUCGCAUGUUCUGACUUUCCUUCUGGCAAUGGUGUCAUUGCUUUGGAUUGGUUGGAUUACGGUGGAUGGUCUGGUUUGUACCAUGAUGACACCUCCACCGGUGGUUCUUGUGAGGAUGGUACCUACUGUUCUUAUGCCUGCCAGCCUGGUAUGUCCAAGAGCCAGUGGCCUUCUACUCAACCCUCUAACGGUGUUUCCGUUGGUGGUUUGUACUGUAAGGAUGGUUACCUUUACAAGACUAGCACAACUUCCAAUUAUUUGUGUGAAUGGGGUGAAAAUACUGCUAGAGUUGUCUCCGAGAUCUCUGACUCAGUUGCUAUCUGCAGAACUGACUACCCAGGUACCGAGAAUAUGGUUAUUCCAACCGUUGUUGAUGGUGGUUCAGAAGCUAUUUUGUCUGUCGUUGAUGAGGACUCCUACUACCAAUGGGAAGGUAAAAAGACUUCUGCCCAAUUCUAUGUUAACAACGCUGGUGUUUCCGUUGAGGAUGGUUGUAUCUGGGGUACUUCAGGCUCCGGUGUUGGUAACUGGGCUCCAUUGAACUUUGGUGCCGGUGCCACUGGUGGUAUCACUUAUUUGUCUUUGAUUCCAAAUCCUAACAACCUAGAUGCCCCUAACUACAACGUGAAGAUUGUUGCUUACGAUAGCAGUAGUAGCCUUAACGGAGAUUGUGUUUACGAGGACGGUGUUUACAAUGGAGACGGCUCUGACGGUUGUACCGUGGCGCUUACAAGUGGUAAGGCCAAUCUUGUGGGUAUGGUGUCUCGUGUAUGUCAAUCGAUAGCGAUUCUUCCGGUUCAUGCGUACGAAUUUGGGGAGGACAAGUCUGAAAGGGAGCCUGAAGUGGGGCCCCAAAAGAAUCCCGAAAAGAAUCCUCAAACGGAUUCUGAAAGGGAUUCUCAAAAGGAGUCUCAGAAGAACCACGAGAAUGAGUCUGAGUACAUAUGCGAUGAUGCUUUCUCUCAGGGAGAGCUAGAAAUGCCUAGUGAACAUGAAUUGUAUGAUUCAAAUACUCUGGCAGAGGUAGGCUCCAGUGGGCAUCAGACGGAUGACGCGACUACCUUGGUGGGAGAAGUCUCUAACGAAAAGGAGCCUGAAGAAAAGGGUUCUGAUCUAUCUGCUGUGUUACAAGACGUACUCGCCAUGAGCCAAGUACAAGACAAGUUGCUAAAAAAGCAUGAAAAGUUUCAGGACCGAAUCAAUAAAAGGCUGUAUGCGAUUAGAAGGGAGCAUAGAAUCCAGCUGAAAAGACUCUUUACGAAAACGAAGAAACAACUGGAAGAACUUCUUGAGCAAGAAGAGAAACUGUUCAACAGGAUCGAUCGAAGCUAG